GCAGUCUUGUCGGACAGUAGUGCACUGGGGCAAUAAUGUAGUUUGUUGUGGCAGGCGAAGAAGUCAACACCUCGCUCGACGAACCGCCUUCUGUGUUGUUUCUUCAGAAACAAAACUCACCAUGGUUCUUCGAAGUUAGCCCGCUGGAUGUUGGGAAUCUGCUGUAAAACCUGAUCUGGACGAGGAGCAAAGCACAUUCCAGCCGGACUCGAAGGUAGCGCUCUUACGAUUAUCCGAAGCCUAAUCAAGAUGGCCUGUAAUGUAGAUUGUCCCAGUUGGAGCAACUUGGAAGGAGGAUGUGUGUUGCCAUGGUGAUUAUUUUGAAGAAAACACUGGAAAAGAAGGGCGCCGACGAUGUAAUAGCCUCACGAGCAAACUUGGGUCCGUUCCAGGCACAGACCAUGAGCCAGGGCGCUGCACUUUUCUCCUGUGGACUCAUGGAGACGAGCCGAUGGCACGACAGCUGCUCCAUACGGCAGAGGCCGGUUGGGACCAGCCUGGAAAGCCUGUGGGACGUCCUGCCAGAGGUGCACUCAGGCUCCGCCCAGUGGGACUGGGAUGUCGGCUCUGCUUCUAGCACACUAACUAGUCUGCUGCAGGACCUGAGUCUGACCGAGUCGUCUUCGCACUCCACCGCGCCCCCGAGCAAGAAACAGUGCCGCUCCUUGUCUUGCUCCGACGAGCUGGGGGGGUGCCGCUCCACCUGGCGCCCACAGGGCUCUCGGGUGUGGACAACGGUGGAGAAGAGGAGGUGCCACAGCGGCGGCAGCGUCCAACGCAGCAGCGGCGGAAACCUGCAGCUGGGCUUUCCGGCCAUGCAGCGGAGCUUCAGCUUCAGCCUGCCCGCCCGCUCCAACGCCGUGGAGCCGCCCUCUUUCACCCAGCGCUUACCCUACGCCUUCACCAGCCUGACCCACUCGUCCUCCAUGCCACUGGCGUCUGACCCUCCAGCGCAGCCCCUCUCCCUCUCUAAUGAACAGAUAUGCUUCCCCGAGCCGCAUGGACCUUCACCUUCGAGUUCUCCAGACUCCACUCCCGAGCUGGAGCGCCGGAGCGGGCAGGGCGGUCUGGCCCGGAGUCGCUCUCAGCCGUGCGAGCUCAAUGAAAAGAAGAUUGGCGUAAAGCGCAGAAGACCAGAUGACACGCACAAACAGAGGCCUUCACUGGAUCUGGCAAAGAUGACCCAGAAACUUCACAGCUUCCACAGCCUCAGCUGCCCUGGAAUCACAGGCGAGGAGACCUGCGAGUCGGAGGCCACGCCCCCUCCCAGGAGCGUCCAACAGCGUGAUGCCGUCGACUCGCCUGCACACGAGCACAACUUAAAGGAUUUCCAGCCCCAAGAGGGCGACUUCAACGGGAACAAGUCGUCAGAUCCCAUCACAGAGGAAGUGGACUGGAACUGCGACGACGGGACGCCAGAAACCUCCAACGGGAAGGACACGGAGCCUUUGUGGGUGGGGCUAUGUAGCAUGAAGAGGGACGUGUACCAGCUUGGAGGCGAGCUCGACAUAGAGCAAAUAGAAAGAAACUGAGCUGAUUAAAAAUGUUCAUCCCAGGGUGGUACGAUGAACAGAACUCAUAGUCUUAAGGACAAAACAAGUGGAAAGCUAAUGCUAACUCGGAUUAGGAGCUUCGUGCGAUAUCUUUGAGGACUUGAUCGUUCUUGUGUCUUAGGAUAAGAACCAAUGUCUUGAGGAGCUCAUAUGAAAAAACAAACAAGGAACAUGGAAAAAAAAAAAUCAGUUUUUGGGACCCCAGAGUUCAGAGUUUAACCUCCUUUUGUCUAACAGUGCUUUCUUUUGGAGAGAAUUCACAGCCAGCUUCUAUCAAUUUUCUGCACUAAAAUAAGUUUUUUCUUCUUUCAUUUCUGCAUAAAACCACAAGCUUACAAAGAGAUGGGUGCUAUCCCCCCCCCCCAUCCUGACUUGAACACACAACUCUGGAACGACGAGCUCAACCCUGACAUGUCUUGACAUUGAGAUCCUAAUAGCGUUCGUGUUCUUUCUACGAUUUGUCAAUACAAAGUUAUGCAAAAGUAUAAUUUCUAUACAAAUAAACACAGUUUCAAAUGUG